AUGGACGAAUUCCCCAGAACACUUGGCGACACCCAGCGGAAGGCCAUCAAGGUCUCCUUGGAUAAUUACGUGGAGUCCGUACUUGCACACAACAACGCCGUGGUCGAAUACAAUGCUGCUGUUCAACAACUUCAAGAGGCGCGGAAGAACCAGAAGUACUGCACAGACCAGAUGAGCAGUGCGGCCAAUAUCGGCUUGAUAUAG